AUGCGGACAUAUUCCAAAAAAAAAAAUGUUGGCGGUCGACCAAAGAAGUUGAGUGCGGUAGACAGUAGAAGAGUAAUCAGAUAUUUGACUACUGGAGUAGAAAAAUCGACAUCUAAUGCAGCUAAACUUUUGCAACGUGAUAUAGGAAAAAAUGUGAGCAGGUGGACAGUGCAGCGAGAUCUCAUAAAAAAUGAUUGGAAGAAAGUUAUUUGGUCGGAUGAAACUAAAAUUAAUCGGUAUACCACUGAUUACCGCCAAUGGAACUGGAAAAGAGAAGGUGAACCAUUAACUCAAAAAGAUUUUAUUCAGACAGUAAAACAUGGGGGAGGCAAUAUUAAACUAUGGGGGUGUAUGACGUUAAGAAUUGGUUAG